AUGCACUCAAAUCUCGUUUUUUCUUUAAAGGAUGAUCGCGUCGAGAAAUGGGAAAUCGUUGACGAAAUUCCCGACGAAUGCAAAUGUCGAUCGAAUAUGACUGGAAAAAUUCACAAUUUCUGCUAUUCGCUUCCGGAAAAUCCGCGAACACGUGGCAAACCGUUCGAUUGCAAAUGGGUGUCGGAAAUUGAACAAAUUGACGCCAUCCAUCGGGGAAAUUAUAUCGAUUUGAAGACUCAGAAUAUUAGCGAACCGGUGUUUGUCACCGCAUUUUCGGUGAAAUUCGAGAAAAAUGGGAGACGAGUGAUUCAUUCGAUUCGGAAACUCGGGUUUAGGAAUAAAAUUAUUGUCUAUAAUUUGGGCAUCUCAGAGAAGGAAAUGAAGCUUUUGAAGCGUGGUUGCAAUGUUGAAGUUCGCCACUUUCCAUUUGAAAAAUAUCCGCGGACCUUUAAAAGCUUGUCGUUUUUCAAAUGGAAACCAAUUAUUAUUGCCCAAACGACGGCCGAAUUUGGCGCAGUUUGGUACAUGGACACUUCGGUGAUUUUGACGAAAAAUGACACAUCCCAUGUGUUAUCGCUUCUCACUUGCCAUCAAAAUGUGCAUUCUCCGCCAACAAUUCCGCCAAGUGAAUAUCGCGAUCGUAGGGAGAGAACGCGAAAACAUGAAGACGGAUGGGAUAUCAACGUGUGGGAGGAAAAUCGUCGAGAAUGUGCAAAAAGUUCCUAUCUUCUCCACGGCUACAGCGGUCAUGGGAUUUUCUCGGCAACACAUCCAAAAGUGUUUGACUAUUUUCCAACCAAUUUCGACGAAAUAAAAAAGGAAAAAGCGAAAAUGUAUGAAGCGGGAUUCGUUUUUUCGGUGAGAACCGAAGACACAAUGCAAAAUAUUCUCAAAUGGUAUGUCCUUUGUGCCUUAACCGACGAGUGUAUGAAUCCAAUUGGUUCGAAGCAUUUAUGCCUUUUUAAAAACGAUCGAUUCUCGCAAUCCGCCAAUUGUCAUAGAUAUGACCAAUCAAUUAUAAAUAUUGUUUUGGCCAAUAAAUUCGGAUACGAUCGGCAUUAUUAUUCCAGCGAAAUUGUCGAUUUCUUUGAAAUUAAACGAGAACUUUCAAUGCAAACGUAUAGUAUCGAAUGCGUUUCUAACUCAAAUUAA